GCUGCUAACUACCUCCGUAUGCACACAAAAUUUGGCAGGAAGCGUGUUCUCUUCCUUCUCGGGCUGUUGCUCAGCAUUAUACUGUGCAUGUACCUAUUUCUCUCACAAGGUUCAUUUUUUCACCUCUGGAGCCGUUAUUCUUCUCGCCACAUCCCAUUCACUCUUUGGCAAAAUAGUAUUUCUCAGAGAGUUGACCCAACCGUAUUUUGUUGGGUCACUACCAUGCCGUCAAACCACCAGUCGAAAGCAGUGCACGUUAAAAACACAUGGUUGAGACGAUGUGAUGGGUACGUCUUCAUUAGCAGUGAAGAGGAUGCCAGUCUUCCGGCUGUUGCGUUGACUCAUCGGGAAGGGCGCAACUUACUUUGGAACAAAACGGCUUCCGCAUUAGAUUAUCUUUCAACAUUCUAUGGUGAUCAUUAUGAUUUCUUCUACAAGGCGGAUGAUGAUACCUAUGCUAUUGUGGACAACCUAAAACUUCUUCUGAGGAAGUUUAAUUCCUCAAGCCCCCUCCUUAUGGGAUAUACACACAAGGCAUUCCUACCUGAAGGUUACCCAUCUGGGGGAGCCGGUUACGUACUGUCCAGGGCCGCACUCCAUCUGAUGGUACGAGGAUUAAAAACGGUAGACGAUUGCUCAAACAACGCCAACAUCUUCGCUGAAGAUGUCAAGAUCGGUGCAUGCGCCCAAGCUUUACACAUCCCACUGUUGGACAGUUACGAUGAAGAUGGAGGAUGUCAUUUCUACUAUGAAUCACCUUUUAAGCGGCUUUCUUCCUCCAAAAUGAACACUCCAUUCAACUUCUUGAACCAGCACUGUUCUCGAUGCUGCUGCGCCCAUCAGCCUGUCUCCUUCCAUUACAUAGAACCUCAAGAAAUGUACUUUCUCGACUACCUAUUGUACACAGCUCGCUCUCGACCCAACAGUUAAUUUGUUGACAAUUUACAUUCCUUAGUUGUUCGGUUACUUGCCAACGGCUGUCUUCGUAUAUAUAACAGUGGACACAAACCAUGUGCUGUACUUUCGCAAGAUUUUGCCACAGACCUUCCGCACUCUAUGCCUUCCAAAUAUGCUGCGAAACUAAUCGGGUUCUUCCUUUUCAGUGCAUUUCAACAGAAUCUGGAAUGUCACUUACUUGUCUGAUUAUUUUGAAUUUUCUUUUUUCAGAUUUUUGUCACUUAUAAUGCUUGCUUUCAGGCUUUUUUUGCAUCGUUGCCAUUCUUUUAGUUUUCACCUUUCAAUACUGAAGGUUUUUUCUUGCUGAGCAUUUGCGAAGAAGUGUACUGUUUCCUAUACUUGCUUGUCAACUGCACACUCGUUUUUCUUACCCGACUUGGAACCAUCAUGCAC